AUUAAACAAGUGUCGCAUUUCAACAAUUUCCGAAAAAUCGAUGUCAAAAUAAGUUACCUUUAAAUACUCGUUAAUAAGGUAAAAAAGACGAUCAUAUCCAAGGAAACUACAAACAUAACCAUCAUUUUACAAUACGACUAUACUAGUUCUGGAAAUUCCUAUUCACGUUCCACAUUGUAUGCAUAUUUCUUCUUUGAUUAGCGGAAUAGGGAUAAUAACUUCAAAAUGGAAAAUAGACGGUUUUCCUGAGAGUUAUUUCUUGCCUUAAAGCAUUGGUGUUUUUAGUUUGAAGAUGGGUCUGAUAUACAACACAUGCGUUCGAAAUAUAAAUCUAAUCACUUGCGGUUCAGGUAAUUCUAAAAUGAAAAAGACUGCUCAAAGCCAAGGAACACAAACAUCGAUGGAAUGUGAGAAUCUAAAAGAAGACGUUACAUCAGCUUCUGUGGUUAUGUUUCCUUCUCAAAAGACAAAAAAUGUUAACGUUCAAAAGGAAACGCAACAGCAAUCUCAAGAAAGUACAGAGAACGUGCAGAGCCAAGUUGCUGUCAUUUGUCAAUACGAGAUACAUGGAAUCAAUGCAAAUGAUAUUUUUAAAUAUAUCGUCACGACAUUUGGUGGAGGUUGCACUUUUGAAAAGUUUUUUAUCCGGUGCAAGUUCUUUCCUGAAAAAGCCAAUAUCUCUUUGUGGUUUGAAAAGCAUACUUCGAAAUUUCGUAUUUUCAAAGAUAUGAGCAAGUUAGUUUAUAUUUUGCCGUAUCUUGAGAACAGUAGCGUUUGCUUCCAUUAUAAUAAUGUUCACGAACCAGGGGUUUGUAAAGAAGCAAAUUGUACGCAUUUCCACAUUUGUCGACGGUCAGUUAGAAAUAACGCUUGUACAUAUAAAAAGUGUACAUUAGCUCAUGAUUUUACAAACGAACACAAUUUAAAACUUAAAAAGCAACUUGAACUGGAUACUUUACAAGAUAAUCACAUAAAAAAUGUUUUAAAUAGUCGCUAUCCUGCUAUUUGCAAGACAUAUUAUUUUGCCCAAGGACAUUGCAGAUUAGGUGUGAAGAAAUGUCCUCACUUGCAUUUUUGCGGAUUAUACAAAUUUGGAAAUUGCAAAGAACCUUGUAAACUCAACUUGAGUCAUAAUCUGCACACUGAACAUAAUGGAUGGGUGCUUAACGCAUUCGAAAUGCGUCACUGGCCGGAGGAAAAAAUAAAGAAAAAAGUGUAUGUCCCAUCAAAGACAAGUCAAGAUUCUGAUAGCAGCAGUUCCAAUGAAAAACCUCGCAAUGGAAGAAAUGUUGGGGUUAUCGAUGCUGAAGAUUCAGAUUGCGAUGAAUUUCACAAAGGAAGUGAUUUUGUUGAAUAAUUGAUUGCCACUUUAAUGGUAAAUCGGAUUCCAAGAGAGUUUAUAAAAGUUUUUGGCUAUAACAUUGACAUAGAUCUUUAAAAGUAAAACAAAAUAGCAACAUUCAUUUGUUAUACAAAAAGUAAAUAGAUAUGAUGUGUUUAGACAAUAAAUAUUACAUGUGUACAAUAAAUUCAAAAUAAAACUUUUCAGAACGUGA